CUUAACCCGAAUAACCGUUGAUUUGUGAGAUCUUUCUUGAGAUCAUGGCAGUCCACAAAAUCUCACUUCAGGAAGUUACAGCAAGAGCCGAUUUACUCGGGACUUGUCAUUGACCUCUGGAAGGUCACCAAAUGACCAAGGACCUUUAAAUUGGGUAGCAGCGGCUGCCUAUCUUCACGGGCAGCACGCUCAAUUUUUCUGCAAAGCUCCAGCUCAGAGGCCGAGAUGCACGGGUCAGGGUGCAAUGGACAACUCCUCUCCCUUGCUUUAGUGACUGUGAAAACGCCAACAGGCGAGCGCCGGCUAAUACAUGACAGUUACUUUCCACGGCUGUACGGAAUGAAGUAAUGCAAAUGAUGGAAUGCUAUGUCCUUGGCAUCUAAAAUAUUUCUAGCCGCAUCGUGUGGAGUGUCUGCUGGCAUCAUUGGAUACGUCCAUAUCAAACAGAAUAUUGACAGGGAGCGUCUGCACGAGGGUGUGAUCAAGGACGUGGAGCGGCAGCAGCGGCGCAAGGUGGAGAACCUCGCCCUGCUCGGCAAGCAGCACGACCUCGAGAAGCUGCUGAAGCGGCAGCGGGACGCGGACGGCGCCGCCGUCCCCGCCGGCACGGAGCACGACUGAGCGGCCGCCGCCAGCCGCCGGGGUGUCCGCCGCUGCCGACAUGACGCGGACGGACGGCGAGGAUGGUAAGCCGGCGGCGGCGGCCACACCGCCGCGGCCGCCGCCGCCGGCGCCGCCGCUACCCGCGCCGCCCAUCAGCGAGAACCUGACGGUGAUCCCGCCCAAGAAGCACGUGCGCGAGCUGCAGACCAUCAUCCGCGACCGGAACACCACCCGCAGCGACUUCAAGUUUUACGCGGACCGUCUGAUCCGGCUGGUGGUGGAGGAGGGCCUGAACCUGCUGCCGUACACGCCGGCCACCGUCACCACGCCCACCGGCCACCAGUACCCGGGCCUGCGCUACCAGCGCGGCAACUGCGGCGUCAGCAUCGUGCGCAGCGGCGAGGCCAUGGAGCAGGGCCUGCGCGACUGCUGCCGCUCCAUCCGCAUCGGAAAGAUCCUGGUCUCGUCCGACCUGGACACGCACGAGGCGCGCGUCGUGUACGCCAAGUUCCCAGAGGACGUGGCCGAGCGCAAGGUGCUGCUCAUGUACCCCAUCAUGAACACGGGCAACACGAUCGUACGCGCGCUGCACGUGAUGCGCGAGCACGGCAUCCAGGAGCAGAACGUGAUUCUGCUGACGCUGUUCUGCACGCCGGUGGCGGCGCGGCUGGUCACCAGCUCCUUCCCGCGCCUGCGCAUCCUCACCUCGGAGAUGAACGAGGUGACGCCCAACCACUUCGGCCAGCGCUACUUCGGCACAGACUGAGGGAGGGCCGGCGCGGCGGCGGCCGGGCUGUCAUUCGGGCCGCGUGUCGGGACCGACCCCGUGCAAUGACGCCCAGCUGCACCUGCUUAGUUAUCUCGCUGGCUAUGUGUGGUACCCCAAAGGCUUUCCUAGUUUUAUACGCGCUUGGCGGCUUACUCCUAUGCCGUGUUGUAGUGGCUCCUCGUAUUGGCUCAAGGUCCAAUCUAGCAACCGGCCCGCUUCAAUGCAGUGAAUGGUAAUUGUUAUGAAAUAAACCGACGUGUGCAUGGUA